AUGUCUGCGCGCGAAUCAUCCAUGAGGGCGAGCAGCACAGAUGUCGGGCGGGACACGCGCUUUCACGCUGUGGAGUCCUUCAGGAAACGCUACAUGCAGCUUAAUGCUGCACAUACCAUCGGCGUCGGCACGACCCAAGAGCGCGCGAACCUUCGCAAUCAGGUCUUGGAGGACAUCGAGGACCUCACCGCCGCCCUUCUCCUAUUGAAGGAGACCGCUAAUACGACUACGCCUGUCGCUCGGUUACCUCCCGAGGUCAUGCGGGACGUCUUUUCCUAUCUGGCAUUCACCGAUCCACCCGUUGCACCCUUGCAUGAACGCCUUACCAAGGUCGAAUGGGAACGUGACUGUGACUAUGGGGCCGACCACGAGCCAAUGAGCGAGCCGGAAUCGUUCGAGGGCUUUCCAACCUGGCACCGGGGAGACCAUGGCUCAUUGGGCUUUGUGAAAGCCUCGCACGUCUGUCGCUCGUGGAGGUUCACAAUGUUAUCGAUGACGUCUCUCUGGGCUGACAUUGUCGGCGUCCUUCCCUUGGCCACCGGGGAACUUCUCGAGCGGGCGGGGUCGAGCCCGCUCUCGCUCACGUUACGCACGUCAGAUCGUCGCGUUCUUGACUUUGAUUAUUGGAUGCCGGAAUAUGUCGAGCCCGACUCGAUCCGCUCUCUCUAUGUCCACAGUACAAAUGGACGUACGGGAUGGAGCCCUCUACAGGAACUCCUCUAUUACCUGGAUGUGGGAUCUUUGGACUCGCUGGAACAUCUGGAUGUAACGACCAACGGGAGACGCAAACACGACGACGAGCCACUAGUCACCCCUUCUCUUCGUUCUGCGAAGAUGUUCAAUUGCAUCAUAUCCUUUACUGGCGCCAGUAUUCUCCAGCGCCUGUCAAUUGUCUACGACAUGAACUGCCCAGGGUACAACGGAUGGCGACUUGACUCCCCAUUCGAUUGCCUCAGCAGCUGUCGCGCCACCUUACAAGAGUUGCAGCUACUGCGCUGCCUGGGCCUGAGCGCUGAUAUGGAAGUCUAUCCACCCGAGAAUUCAGGCCCAGGCGUCCGUCUCUCCGCGCUCCGCCGCCUGGAUAUCGGUAGUCAUUCGGAUCAGGUUCUCCCUAUGAUCAAGCGACACUUCCGCUAUCCGCCCGGCUGCGAGGUCGCCUUCUCCGCUUUGCCAUACCUCCAAGAUGGCAGCGGCGUUCCCGACUUGAACCAUCGGGGUCCUGAUGCCGCAUUCUACUCGGCGCUGAGCACAUUCGCUGACGAGCUUCUUGAGCGCGGGGUGGGGUAUAAGUUGGUCUUCGACAAUUCUUCCCCUGCGAGCCCUUCUGUCUCCGUCUGCGAGGAAACGUCGACCAUCUGUGAUGAAGACGCAGAGCCUGACGUUCCGGCCCAGCAACAUCGGGGCAUGCGCGCAGCACACAUAGACUCGGCUAAGCGACGCGGAGUCUUAUUCGGCGAUAACAUAUUCUGCGUGCUAGCAGAGUCGUUCAGACAUCUCGAGGAAGGAGACGAUACGAGCAUCCUGGAAAACAUGCAGACGCUUUGUGUCACAAGCGCCGACACAGUCAAGGGCUUUCACUCGUCGGUCGUCACUGUUUUCCUCAAGACGAAGAACCUGCGCGCAUUGCACAUGCAUGGAUACGAUCUGGAGACGCUCAAAGGCCUCUGUGAGAACUACAGAGGGUUGGUGUUGCCCGAGCUCGCUAUCCUUCGGUUAUCCGCGGGAACGAAACCUUUGUCGUGCACAUAUUUCGCACACCUGAUGGCCCUGCGCGCGAUAGAGAUUGAGAAGGUCAAGGGAGCGAAGAGGCUGGCGCGGCUGAUAGUAGACAAGGACGUCGUUCUGGCAGAUCCAGAGAUGGAGGACGUGGUAGUGAAGAAGCUUACGGAUCUCGUGGAUGAGCUCGAUUGGAGGUCGCGGUAA